AUGGACGCUGGCCCGUGGGCUGGGCUGGGGGAGAAACGGUGGGCUGUAGCCAAGCUGCGGGUGGGCUGCCUGGGCUCCAGGGUGAGUAGGUGUGUCCCCGAGGUGGCCCCCGUCAGAGGAGGGGACUUGGGACUCUUCACAGACCCUGGCCCACAGCCCAAGGUAGCAAGAUCUUGCAGAGAAGUGGGAGCAGCUGGCACUGCCCACAGCUCUUCCCACCUGCCCCCUCCCACAGAGAGCCCUGCAGCAGGCCCACGGGGCACCUACGGGCAGCAGCUUGGAGCCAGACCCCCUGCGUGCAGGCAGGGAGGAAGAGCUGCUGGAGUAAACCCUCGCCUCAGCAGGAGGGAGCUCAGCCCCCAGGACUGGGAUCAGCUGGGGAGGCAGCUCCGGACCGGCGUGCCCCCCAACGCCCCCCACCCUGGAGGACACCAGGUGGGGAGCAGCAGCGGUAGGAGGGAAAUGAGGAAAAGAGCGACCGAGAAGGCAGACACCUGGCUUUGCAAGCCCCCAGCCCUCGCGGGCGGCCUGCCAGCCUCUACUUCCCCAGAAUGAAGCGCGGGGCUCCUGAGGCGGGAGGCCAGGCUGGGGCUGCAGAGUGCAGCGGGGCCUCUGCUCACAGGCUCCCUUCCUCCCACUCCCGAGGCUGCUCUGAGGGGACCGAGGAGGCCCAGCAAGAGGGGCUCAGGGGUGCCCCAGGAACGGAGGGACAGUCCUGGGCCCCACUCUGAGAGAGGCGGGGCUGCUCAAACAUUCUCUAAUCUUCGAAAUAAUGCAGAGUCUGGCUCUGUCAGCGUCUGCAUUUUCAAAACGAGGAAACACAGAAAGAGGUUAAUGCAUCUGUGCUGCAUCACCUAGCACACCCCGGGCAAAGAGGGGGCUCCAGAACCCACUCUCCUAACCACCAUGGAUGGCACAGGCCCCAAGAAUUCUCCGGGAGAGGCUGCCAGGUGGGAGGAGACAGUCACGGGCCGGCUGCCUGCCUCGGACCCUGGGGAGCUCCACUGUUCAUCCUUGGCUGGGGGUGCAGGCUGGGGGUAGUUGU